AUGGCAAAGGAUAAGGUCUGUCUCGCCUACAGUGGUGGUUUGGAUACCAGCUGUAUUUUGGCUUGGUUGAUUGAGAAGGGAUAUGAUGUUGUCUGCUUCAUGGCUGAUGUUGGUCAAGAGGAGGACUUCGAAGCUGCCAAAGCUAAGGCUAUGAAGAUAGGAGCUGUUGCAUGCUAUGUUGAGGAUUUAAAGAGAGAAUUCGUUGACGAACUUUGCUUCCCUGCCGUCCAAUGUAACGCCAUCUACGAGAACGUAUACUUGUUGGGUACAUCUCUUGCUCGUCCAGUCAUUGCUCGUGCACAAAUCACAGUCGCCCAAAAGGAAGGAUGUAUUGCCGUAUCCCACGGUUGCACUGGAAAGGGUAACGAUCAAGUUCGAUUCGAACUCGCAUUCUAUGCUCUUCAACCAACCAUCAAGGUUAUUGCCCCAUGGCGUCUACCAGAAUUCUACGAGCGUUUCGCAGGCCGUAACGAUCUCCUCGAAUAUGCUGCCAAGGCAGGCAUUCCAGUCAGCAGCACAAAGGCAAAGCCAUGGAGUAUGGACGAGAACUUGGCACAUUGCAGUUACGAAGCUGGUAUCUUGGAAGAUCCAGAUGUCACCCCUCCAGAAGAUAUGUGGAAGUUGACUGUUGAUCCAUUGAAGGCUCCUGAUCAGCCAGAAGACUUCACUCUCGUUUUCGAGAAGGGUCUCCCAAAGAAACUCAUUACAAAUGGCAAGACCAUCACUGAUUCAGUUGAGCUCUUCCUCGAAUCUAAUGCCAUUGCUCGUCGUCACGGUGUUGGACGUAUCGAUAUCGUUGAGAACCGUUUCAUUGGUCUCAAAUCCCGUGGAUGUUACGAAACUCCUGGUCUUACAUGUCUCCGCUCCGCUCACGUUGAUCUCGAAGGUUUGGUUAUGGACCGCGAAGUCCGUGCUCUUCGUGAUCAAUUCGUCACCUUCAACUACUCCAAGAUUCUCUACAACGGUCUUUACUUCUCCCCUGAGCGUGAGUUCAUCGAGGAAUCUAUUGUCGCUUCCCAGAAGAAUGUCAAUGGACAAGUCAGAUGUCGUGUAUACAAGGGUACCUUCAGUGUUUUGGGUCGUUCCUCAGAUACCGAGAAGUUGUACGAUGCAAGUGAGAGUUCAAUGGACGAAAUUGGUUCAUUCGCUCCUGCGGAUACCACUGGUUUCAUCAGCGUUCAAUCUAUCAGAUUGAAGAAGUAUGGUGAGGCUAAGGCGGCUGCUGGUGAAAGACUAUAG